AGCAGCAGCGGCACCACCCGCCCGGCUCCACCUUAACCGGGGCGGCCUCGCCGCCGCUGCCCGCGCCCGGGCGGCUCCGCGGGAGCGCAGGGGCGUUUAUCUCGCCCGGGAUCAGCCAAUAUUUGUGGCCACGUCAGGAGAACGAGCCCAUCCUCGCUCCGCUCCCCGGCCCCCGCCGCCGUCCCGUCCCGGUUCUCGGACACGACCGCUGGGACCCCCCCCAGCGCCUCCGCCUCCCGCCACCGGAGAUGACGGUCCCGGUGGCCCUGCUGCUCCUGAGCCUGCUGCGGACGGCGGCGGCCCGGGGCGAGCGGUGCCCGGCCUGCGGGGUGGCCGCGCUGGCCCCCGGCGCGCAGCGGGACGCGCUCCUGGCUCUGGCCAAGCAGAGCAUCCUGGCCAAGCUCCGCUUGCCCGCCCGGCCCAGCGCCCCCCAACCCCCGGGCCGGGGGGCUCUGCUGGCCGCGCUCCGCAGGCUGCGGGAGCAGCGCUCGGACGCGGCCGCGCUCCCGGGGACGCUCCGGGACGGCCCCGUCCCGCACCCGCGGCCCGGGAUGGGGCUGCAGGAGUACGAGGUGCUGAGCUUUGCCGAGUCAGGAUCCUCCACCUCCCGCAGCGUCCGCCUGCAUUUCCGCUUCUCCCGGGAGCUGGCCAGGAGCACGGAGAUCCUGCAGGCCACCCUCUACCUGUUCUGGGCAGCCCCCAGCCCCGGGGCACAGCCCGUCACCGUCAGGCUCCUGUGGCCGGACCCGGCGGGGACAAACACGACGGUGGCCAGCGAGACGUGGCUGGAGGUGCAGAGCCCCGGCUGGACCGCGCUGGACGUGGGACCGGCCGUGCGGAGCGUCUCGGGACAGGACACCCCGCGGCUCACGGUGGAGCUGGAGGUGCCGGAGGACCGCGGGUCCCCCCUCCCGGCUGACCACAGCGAUUCCCAGCGGCCGUUCGUGGUGGCCCGAGCCCGGGCCAGGACGUCCCACCGCCUCCACCGGCGCGGCGUCGACUGCGGCGCGGGCUCGCGGAUGUGCUGCCGCCAGGAAUUCUUCGUGGACUUCAAGGAGAUCGGCUGGGAGGACUGGAUCAUCCAGCCCGAGGGGUACCACAUGAACUACUGCGCGGGGCUGUGCCCGCUGCACAUGGCCGGGAUCCCCGGCCUGGCCGCCUCCUUCCACACCGCCGUCCUCAACCGCAUCAAAGCCGCCAGCGCGGCCGCCGCCGUGGACUCCUGCUGCGUCCCCACCCAGCGCCGGCCCCUCUCCCUGCUCUACUACGACCGCGACAGCAACAUCGUCAAGACCGACAUCCCCGACAUGAUCGUGGACUCCUGCGGCUGCACCUGAGCGGGCGGCGGGACAGGGACACCGCAGGCAGGGCGAAACCGCGGGCAGGGCUCCCUCCUCCCGGCUCCCGGGGCAGGGCUCCCUCCUCCCGGCUCGGCAGAGCUCCUUCCUCCAGGAUCCCGGGGCAGGGCUCCCUCCUCCCGCCUCCUGGCUGCGAGACGGGAGCCCUGCCGAGGAAUUUGUUCCUCCUCAGGGUGAUGCUGAACGUGCGAGUUGUUCUCUGCUCGCUCGCCUCCCACCCGUCUCUUUUCCCCCUUUGGAUCUGCCCCCGGAUUUCUCUCACAGCACCUCAGACCGGUUCCCGGUGGGCUCCAGCCCCUCCUCCUGCCGGACACUGCGGCUCAGGGUGGUCCCACUGCCGACCCAUCCUGAAGUCGUGGGUGCAGCUACACCAACGCAGGACCCACCAGUGGCCACCCCGGGCUGCUGGGGCUCUGGAGAGGACUGAGGGGAGGGGAGGGGAUGGGAGGGAAGGGGAUGGGUCACCCCUGUGGCCUCACUCAGCUGGAUGUGAGGCUGAGGAGGACAAGGAAGGGGAAAUCAAUCCCAGUGGGAGGAAUGUGUCUCCCUCUCUGAGCAUCCCUGGUGUUCAAUAAAGACUCCCAGCCGUGGUGUG